CGCCCGCCCUUCAGCCCCACGGGCAGGGCCGCUGCGCCUCCCCCGGGGCCCUGCAGCCCCUGCCGAGCUAGUAGGACGCCAUCAUUGGCAGGAAGAGCACAAUGGAAGUUCUGCGUCCAACACUUAUAAGGAUUGGAGGGCGCAUUUAUAGGAAAAAUAUUAUUCAACAACAGUCCUAUCCAAAUGAAGAAGAGGAUGAUUUCUAUGCAGGUAAAACCUAAUAUGCAGGGGCCCAAUCUGGUAUUAAAUAUAAUAUAUUGCAAAGUGGGGAAUCGGCAUUCAAGACUCACAGGGAGUUAGCAAACUCAGGCUCUGAGCCUGUGAGGAGCUCCAUGUGGGCACAGGGGUCUGCUCUUAUUGCAGGACUGGGAAUAGUCUUUUGAGUGAAGAAAUACUUUGCAUUGUUCUAUAGCAGUCCUGGCUGAAGAGCAGAGUAAAUUCUGGUUACAAAAUGUUGGCUUAAGUGAUUGUGAAGUUGACGUGGAUUGCUGGCUAUCAGUUAAUUUGUUGACUGAAUAAUUCAGCAAAACAAUGUUAUCUGUUAAAAGAUUUUUUUUAAAUUUAAAAUGAUCAGUAAAAAUGUUAAGACUUUGUAGAGAAUAUUUUUUCCCUAUUCAUGCAUUGUCCUUGGUAUUUUCCACAGUGAAUUUAAUCUCAGAGUUAAUAGAAAUUGAGGUCAUUUAGCACCUCCUUGGAAGUGCUCAGGACCUUUCAAUAUUGGCCCUUAAAUGGGUGUUGUCUUCUGGCCAUCUAAUGUGGAUUUUGAAAGGUAUCACCUAUUUACAUGGUUAACUUUUUCUAUCUUGGUGUACUCACCUGUGUGUGUACCAUAUUAGGUAAUGUUUGUGUGGGUCCUUGUAAAUAUAGAAAAGCCCAAGAAUAUCUGGUAAACAUCCACCGUUUGUUUCAAGUAGAAAAUAUUGAAAGAACUGGGCAAACUCUAAUAUGCUUCUUGCCACCCAAACCCACCCUUGCUCACAUUGAGCUAACUAGGUUUGGUUGAAAAACAAACAUGACUUAAGUGGUCCAUGGUGAGAAUGUGUCUUUAUAUCCUCUGAUGCUUAAGCCAGUAGGCUACCGCUCAACAGGCAGAACAGUUCUUUAAAAAAAAUCCUAUUGGGCUAUUUUGCAAAUUGCAGCCAAGAAAAAAACUAUUCUGUAGCGGGCUGAAACUGCUACUUUUUUAACCCUCCAAGAAUGGAAGAUUUAAAAGUAGUGUCAUGAUGUUUUUCUGAGCAGGUAGUAAGAUGAAAUAAAAACCAGUUGGCUCUGACAGAAGGAGCCACCUUGUUCUUUUAUUUAACCUUGGGAGAAGAAAGCUGGUGAGAAUGUUGCAUCACAUAAAACACUGUCAACCUUUAUAGAACAGUUUGAUUUUUUUACUUUGUAGGCCCUGGGGAUCCUACAGAUGAGCCUUGUGAUGCCUUCUUGGUGGAAGAGACUGAGAGAGGUUUCCAGUGUGCAGUGGAGGUUCCCAGCUUGCUAUACAAGUGAGCCUACGUGUUGUUUUAUUUUAAUCCUCUUUUACAGAAGAAUCUGUCAGGGAGGUUGAAUUCUCAGAGGCAGCUGUAGAUUCUAGAUCUCUCUGUUUUGUGGAGAGCUCUGUAUUUGUGUGGGGGAAAGGGUGUGAAUCCAUUUCCAAUGUAUCUGUUUCACAUUUGGCACUUGGCUCUCACCAUGGUGGCAACUGCAUCUUGUGCUUUCUUGCUGGUAGCAGUUUUUUGAGCAUCUGCUCUUCAAGACAUGAAAGCAAGCCAGGAAGAUGGAAGAAUGUGGGGAGAGACUGAGGUAUAUAAUUGGAAAAAAAGGAGAAACCAGGAAGAGACUGGAAACAGAGACUCGAACUUCCAUCAGCAUUCCCAAGCCUGGAAUGGAAGGACAAAUCGUGAUUACUGGACAGCAGCGUAGUGGUGUCAUUUCAGCCCGAACACGGAUUGAUGUUCUUGCUGAGAGUUUCCGCAAGAAGCAGCCAUUCACACACUUCCUGUCCUUUGCUCUCAACCAGCCUGCGAUUCAGGAAAAAUUUCUACAGUUCAAGGAGGAAGUAUUGGAGAAAUGCUCCAAGGACUAUGGAGUCAAUAGUAGUCUAUUCCAGAACCCAGCAAAGCUCCAUCUUACUAUUGGGACGCUAGUGCUCCUGAAUGAGCAGGAGAUCCAGAAGGCAUGUGAACUCCUGCAGAGAAGUAAAGAGGACUUUAUUAACAAAACUGUUGGAGGCAAAUCCCUGACCGUGGAGGUGGCAGGGAUAGAAUACAUGAAUGAUGACCCUGCCAUGAUUGAUGUUCUUUACGCAAAAGUUCACAUGAAGGAUGGAUCAGACAAAUUACAGCUAAUAGCUGAUAGACUCAUGGAGCAGUUUGUUACCUCUGGGCUGAUGAUGAAGGAGUGGGAUAGGGUGAAACUCCAUGCUACCAUCAUGAACACUCUCUUCAGGAAAGACCCAAAUGUUGAAGAGAAAAAUAAUGCAGCUACAGGCAAAUCAUCUUUGAAGGAACGGGAGACAUUUGAUGGCCGAAAUAUACUGAAGAUCUUUGAGAACUUCUACUUUGGAGAACUGCAGCUGAAUUCAGUCCAUCUUUCUCAGAGGUUCUCCACAGACAGCUCGGGUUACUACGCUACAUCUGGGCAGCUCACUUUCUCCUGAAAUAACAACUCAACUGCUCCAACAGAUCUGCAGUGCUCCAGAAUUGCUGAAUUGUAAAGGGGUUACAUUAAUUUGGAGCCUCAAAUAUGAACAGAGAUCUCUUCUAAGGAUUCUACAAAGACUGGGAUGCCAUGUUAUGUCUUCAAAGAACCAUGCACAAUCUGCAACAUUGCAUUUUCUUGGUGGAAUUCUCUUGCAGUCCUUCCUACAAAUAUCCCAUCUCCCUAUCCUCUCAAAAAGCUCUGGUCUCCUACCUCCACAUCACACAGCUUUUUCAUUUCCCUUAACACUUAUAGUUUACAGGUUUCUUCCACUUGGAAGCUAGCUGGCAUGGCAUCUUUAGGAUAAAGGGUCAUUGUCAGCUAACCUUUUAUAUGCACUUUUCUUGUUUUUAUCAGAUGUUUGGUACCAUCUUACAAGUUUACAAUAAUAACAUGCAUUUCUCUUCAGUUUUUUUUCUCUCUAACAAAUAUUUCUCUCUCCCACUCUCCCUCCUCAGCCUUCUUUGUAAUGGAGCAGAAAACCUGUCUUCACUGGGCUUUUAACUAGUGAAGUAAACAAAAUGAAGUCAGUGGAAAGACUCAUAUUGAAAUCAGUGGUCUUUGGAUCAGGUCUUAUAUGAACAGGAAUGUUGCAUGUUCCUGUUUAUAUUUUGUCACUAAACUGCUUGUGGUAGACCCGCAGAGGGUGCACGCCUGGCUUUCUGGGUGUCGCACCAAAUCUUGAGAAUUUUGUUUUUAAAUGAGCAACUGUAACUCUCAAAAUAAAUGUUUAAAAUCCAGAAGAGCUCCCCAGACUGUAAGAUAACAAUGUUAAGGCAAGUCAAUACUUGAGGCCCAAACAGUUUGACAGUGUUUCUGUAACAUUCGUGAUGUUAAUAACCAAAUAAAUUCCUUUCAAAAA